AGAAAAAGCCAAUCACGGUCGCCGUUCUUAGAGGGCGGUAUCGGGCGGAGAGGGUUAGUGUGUGCUGUUUAUUGUUAAGGUUGUGUGGAUUAGCACUGCGGUAUGCAUCCCCUACCAAACUAAUCACCACAGUACUUUUUUAUUUUUUAAAUGACUUAACGGUCAUUGUUUCGUUUCCACGCAUCGUGUAAUUGACGAUUUUUAAUCGGACGUCGUUCGGCUCUUGGGACGCCAGGCCGAGUCGACGCCGUUAGAAGCCGGAUAGGUUUGUUUAUGUUUAUUUUUCCGAGCUAGCCAGCUCUUUAGGGGUUACGUGAGGACAAGCGGUAGGAAAUGGAUGAAUGGAUUAUUUUUGUCGUGCGCGCAGACACCGCAGUGCGGAUUGACGACAUGAAAAAUGUCAGCUCGGCAGAAUGAAAAAGGAAGUUAAAAAAAAAAAAAAAGUGACGUCACCGUUGUGUGGACGGGGGAAGGAAUUUAGUUCAAGUACCACUGAUAGUCACAGGAGGUGUGGAGAAAUAACCCUUAGUAUUUGACCCAUUUCUUGUUGGCGAGGGGAGCAGUGAGCAGCAGCCCUCGAUGAUGCUCCAAAAGUGACCCGCGCCUUUAAGAAGACCAGCACUGCUCGCCCAUGGCCAACUCGGUCGCCGCCCUGGUGGUCCAAGCCGAACUCUUAGCCCCGCAGUCCUCGGCGUCCAUGUCCCCUUUCCCGUCGCUUGACGGCGGCGGCGACGGGCGGGACGCGGACAAGGGCGCCGCGGCGGAGGAGGUGGUCCUGGACAUAGUCGCGGCGUCGGAGGCGGCCCAGCGGGCCGAGCAUCCAUUCCAGUGUUUGGAGUGCGGCAAGACCUUCAGGUGGUCGUCCCGCCUCACGCACCACCAGAGGAGCCACAACAACGAGAGACCCUACCGCUGCAACCUCUGCCCCAAGGCCUUCAAGGGCUCUUCGGCACUGCUCUAUCAUCAGAGGUCUCACUCAGGGGAGAAGCCUUACAAAUGUCAGGAUUGCGGCAAAGCGUUCAAACGCUCCUCGCUUCUCCAGGUCCACCAGAGCGUGCACACCGGGGUGCGGACCUUCCUGUGUCCGUACUGCCCCCUGACCUUCAAGUGGAGCUCCCACUACCAGUACCACCUGCGCCAGCACACGGGCGAGUGCCCGUACCCGUGCGACACCUGCCCCAAGGCCUUCAAGAACUCCAGCAGCCUGCGGCGCCACAAGAACGUCCACCUGGGCCUGAAGCCGUACACCUGCUCCGAGUGCAACAAGUCCUUCACGCAGUCCACCAACCUGCGGCAGCACAUGAGGAUCCACACGGGCGAGCGGCCGUACGUCUGCGAGGAGUGCGGCCGCAGCUUCACGCAUUCCUCCAACCUGGCGCUGCACAAGAACUCUCACUCCCUCAACGCCGCAGCGAAGGAGAGGAAGGGCGGCGAGGCGGCGUUGAAGCCCAGCGAAAUAGUGGAGGUGGUGGUGGGCUCGGAGGAGGAGGCGUCGUCCAUGCUGACCGCCAUGGUGGGAUACGUCAGCCAGGAGGGGGCUGACGCAGUCGGGGUGGGGAUGGAAGAAGUCUUCCUCUCCAGCGCCUCGCCCACCCACGACACCAGCCUGCUCGCCCUCGCCCCCUCGGCGGCGGCGAGCGAUGCGCGCGACCCGGGCGAUCGGCACGGAGGUGCGCCUGAGCAUGGACACCGGCGCCAGCCUGUUGCUGUACAGCUGCGGCAGCUGCAGCCACACCUUCCCCACGCAGACCCACCUGGAGGAGCACCAGGCCGCCACAUGGCACCCGGGGAGCUCGGCCCCGGCGGGGACACGGCGGGCGGGGACGGCCUGGUGGGGGCCGGACACCUGCUGGCCGACUUUGAGGAGGUGGUGGAGACGACGGCGGCGACGGAGAGCGGACCCACGCCGGACGUGCUCCUCGGACUCGCCGACGCAAACAACUCAGGCGUGCGUACCAGCCAGGCCCAGUUUGAGAUCCUGCAGAGCCGUGAGGGCGUGCAGCCCGACGCUGGGAGCGCGUGGGCGGGGCUUCUGUGUGGACACUGCAACAAGUCCUUCAAGACCAGCGGAGGCCUCAAUAGACACGUGUCCCUGAUGCACUCCCUCUCGUCUCAGUCCCGCUCCCAGUUCAGCUGCUCGGCUUGCGACCGCUCCUUCCCGCUGCUGUCCUCGCUGCUCACGCACCAGCACUCCCACACCCCCGAGCAGCGUCUCCUGGCCGAGGCGGAGGCCGAGAUCGUGUGUCCCCCUUCCCUCUCCUUGUCUCUGCCGCUCCCCUCCUCGCCCAGCCAGGCCGACAAGCAGGAGGCGGGGACGGACGCUCUGGCCGGCGUCGCGGAUACCAGCAACGAGCACCACGGCGGACAGGUGCCGCUCAAAACAGCGAAAGGCUCCAGAAAGGUCAACGCCAGCAAGGCGGCUAACGCCGGAGAGAGACCGUACCGCUGUUCGGAGUGCGGAAAGGCCUUCAAAGGAUCGUCGGGGCUGAAGUACCACAUGAGGGACCACACGGGGGAGAGACCGUACCGCUGCACAGAGUGUGGCAAGAGCUUCAAAAGGUCCUCGCUGCUCUCCAUACACCAGAGGGUGCACACAGGUGUGCGGGCCUUCCAGUGUGCUCACUGCUCGCUCACCUUCAAGUGGAGCUCCCACUACCAGUACCACCUGCGCCAGCACACGGGCGAGCGGCCCUACGUGUGCAAGGAGUGCGGCAAGUCCUUCAAGAACACCAGCUGCCUGCGCCGCCACAGUCAGAUGCACUCCGGACUGCGGCCUCACGUCUGCACCAUCUGCUCCAAGUCCUUCUCCCAGACCUCCAACCUCAAGCAGCACGAGCGCACACACUCGGGCGAGCGGCCCUUCCAGUGCUCGCACUGCAGCAAGAGCUUCACGCACUCGUCCAACCUGCAGCUGCACCUGCGCACGCACUCGCCGCAGAAGGACUUCAAGUGUCCGCACUGCGACAAGGCCUUCGUCAUGCAUUCCUACCUGCAGCGGCACAUCCGGACGCACGGCGGCCCCGCAGCCCCGCCCCUUCACGACGGCGUGGCGGUCAGCGCCAGCGUGGGCGGCGUCACGACCGCCACCACGCUCCUCAACCCCAUCACCCUGGAGAGCACGGGGAGCAGCGGGAGUCUGAUCGUGUCUCAGCCGGCGCUCAACAUUCCCCCGAACACCUCCCAGAACUACUUCAUGAUCCAAACAUCCAGCGGUCUGCAGCUCAUCCCGCUAUCGGCGCCGCCGCCGCCCCCACCGCCUCCGACUCCGCCGCAGAACUUCCUACUGCUGCAGUGUCCGUCCGCCGGCGGCUCUCAGUCCAGUCUGAUCCUGAUCCCGACUUCAGGGAAUGCUCCGGCGGAGCCGGCGGGAUUGCCGGUGCUGCAGGCCCUCAACAACCAGCACUACGUGAUCGCCAGCGAUAACAAGAGUCCCGUUGCCGUGCCAACGCACAGCAUCCCGGCCAACUCGCUACUGCGCCGGCCCAUAUUGGGGAAGCGCAAGCACAUAGCGAGAGGGCGGCGCGGGCGCAAGGCGAAAUCGGCGCUUCAGAAAAGCGCGGUGGAGAGCGUGCCUCCGGCGGCUCCGCCCGAGAACACGGCGCAGGCGGUGCCGGCGAGGACCGAGAAGCAGUUCGUGUUGUGCUUUGAAAAGGAAAGACGCGCAAAAGAGGGGGCGGACGUCGGCGAGGGAGGCCAGUCGUACGUGCUGCGCUUCCAGGAAGACCACGCCUCCUCGGAGGCGGCGGCGGCGGAGGACGGGAAGCUGGUGCUGCAGUUCGAGGCCGACGCCCAGGAAUGUGCGGCGGACAAGGCCUCGGGAGGCAAAGAAGGCGUGAUGUCGCUCCUGCAAGAGUGGGGCGGGGACAAGCCGGCCGAGGACCACGCGGGCGAGGCGGAGGGCGGGUCCUUCGUCUUGCAUUUCCACGCCGAGGACCAGGAGAGCGACCGCUCGCCGGGCGCCUUCCCCCCGGACGGCGGCGCGGAGAGCCAGGGCGUGAUGUUCCAGGUGGGCGACGAGAGCAAGGACGCCGAGGAGGGCCUCCGGAUGAUCGCCCUGAUAGAGCGCGAAGGCGACGCCGAGGACGAGGACGCGGCGGGCGGCGACGCCGGCGCCAGGAGCAUCUUCCAACUGGAAGGCGGGGAGGAAAUAGUCAUCAUCGAAGUCAGCACCAGCGGCUUGAUGGAGAGAGCCGCCGACGCCUCACAGAGCGAUCUCCCAGACGAUGUUAAGGAGAAGUCGGCGAAGGAAAAGGACGACUCGGAGGAGCGCACAGGAAGUGAAGCUUUACCUCAAACAUGCACUUCUCUUACCAACUGAAAUGUCCUCGCUAUCGUGGGCUGUGAGUGUUGGCACUUUACUUUCACUUUCACAUUCUGAUGCACGCAUGCAGUCGGAACACAACUCUUGGAAUGCCUCGGCGCCACAUUUUAGAAUGUUAUACAUUCAAGGAGGCGGGGCUUGAACGUUUUCAACAGGCGCUGAUAUUAGAUGACAUGACACGGUGUAUGAAUAAAUAUGCUUUUGUCAGUACGUCAAUGGUCAGAUGUGUUCAUAUUUGUUUAAAUUAGCAUAUUAAAUCGCAUUGAUUACUGUUUUA